AUGCUACUGAGUGGCCUGAUGCUGCGUUGUUUGAGCGUCUUCACGACGAGCUACACGAUUUUCAUGGAUGUCCCUCCACCAGACGACCAGUACCUACCCAAAGUAGACACUUACCUCAACGGCACCACCUCCAGUGUCGUCGUUGAAGACGUAGCAGUCAUCUUUGCAGCCACCUUGCGUGUGAACAAAGAGCUCUCGGCCACACUGCGACAGGUUGCUCUGGCGACGAUCCUCACUCGAGCCGGUCUCGGCUUGGAGCCGGCUGUGUUGCGGCGGAUAUGGUCUAGCAUGAUUCGUCUGACCUGCCUGCCCUGUCUCACCGAGGCCCUGGCAGGAACUGUAGUCGCCAAGUUCCUCAUGAACUGGCCUUGGCCGUGGGCAGCAAUGAUGGGGUUCAUAUUGGCAGCCGUCUCGCCAGCCGUCGUGGUGCCAAACAUGCUGCGUCUGGAGAUUGCAGGUUGGGGCGUCGCCCAGGGCAUCCCCACCCUCGUGAUGGCGGCCUCCAGUCUGGACGAUGUGCUGGCAAUCACUGGUUUUGGAAUCGCCCAGGCAAUCGCCUUUGCCAAGGGCGACAUCGCCAUGGUGGCGGUCUCUGGCCCACUUGAAGUUCUUGCCGGCGCUCUCCUGGGCGUCUGUCUGGCGCUAAUCCUGUGGGUUCUUCCACCUCCGGCCAUGGAGCACAGCAGCACGGUUCGUGGAAUGCUGCUCUACGCGAUCUCCAUCUCCGCGAUCACUGGAACCAUUAAGAUGGGCCUACCGGGUGCUGGAGCCCUCUGUUGCCUCAUCUGCAGUCUGAUGUGUUCUGUGGGCUGGCGCAACGGCAUGCCGUGGCGAUUCAAGCACACCAGCCAACCCCUAGACGAGGUGGACACGAACAAGAGCAACGCUCUUGCCACUGAUGGCCCACAGUUGCCCACAGACGCGAUUGCCCCCACUGCUGCCACAGAACACCACGAGUACUACCACCAGCACCUGCGUUCACUCCGACGGCGACUCAAUAAGUCCGGCGGGGUUACAAAGAAGAACGCCCUGGCGGCUGUCUCUCGUAGUCGACGCUUCUCCUUGCCCGAGCCAAAGCCCCUGUACGAGGAGAAUGAUUUCAACACGAUUAUAAGUGGUAAGUGCACUCCCUUGGGGGCAAUUUUGCACCGCUCGGUGUACUUAUCGCUCGUGUCCUCGCGAUAUGUCACGGAUUUUUGGUACUGCAAUGUUGAUCAAUCGAACGCCUACCUUCGACGUUCGCUCUCCGCCUUCCGACCAAUAGGCGCUAAGAAAAAAGGCCUUGUGAGGUGGAACACAACCACCGAAAACACCGCCAAUAUCCACACAUCGACAACGCCGAGCGAAGACCCAGACUCCGAGUUCCUCACGACCGACGUCAAUUCUUCCGCAGCCCCACCGCUUCGAAUCACGCCAGAGGCUCUGCUCGCGUUGGAUAAGGCGAAGGGACAGGAGUGCCUGAAGGUGAUGCGAAGCUACAUGGCCACGUGCUGGUGGUUUGUUCAGCCGCUGCUAUUCUGUCUCAUCGGAGCUGACAUUCCUGUCGAGAAACUUCGACCAGACACAAUCGGUCUCGGGAUCGCCUCUAUUCUGGUAGCUCUCACCUUCCGCAUCUUCGCCUCUGUCCUUGCGGUGACCCCUUCGCCCUUGAAGUUAAAGGAGAAGAUUUUCGUCUCCGUGGCGUGGAUUCCGAAGGCCACAGUCCAGGCUGCGAUUGGACCGUUGGCGCUAGAUUCGGCCCGUGCAACUGGCGACCCUGUUUUAAUUAACUGGGGUGAACAGGUGAGCACAAGCCACUCCACAAAAUAUUCCUUACAUCUCAUCAUUGCAUCUUUUUUCAAUCUCUCCUCCCACUCCAAGUUGCCUUCUCAACAAAGGCAAGUUUUAAGGCGCAUUCUUCCUCGAAUCGCUUGGAUUUCAUUAAAAUUCAAUUCUUCACAGUGA